AUGCCUUCGCAAAACGAGCCCGCUGAGCCUAUCCCUGACGGGAUCUUCGCCGUCGCGAAGCAGUCCUGGGGCGACCUCUUCCGAUGGAAGCAGCGUGUUAUCAUUGAGAACGAGCAGGGCGAGUCGUAUGCGGAAUGGCAAGACCCCGAGCCGUUCAAGAACCCAAUCAGUCUUCUCAUGCUGCUGAGUGCCCGUGACUGGCUCUUCUUCCUCGUCGGCCUUGCCGCGUGGACCGCAGAUGCGUUUGACUUCCAUGCGCUCUCUAUCCAGCAAGUCAAGCUGGCCGAUUACUACGGCAAAACGAAGACUGACAUCUCCACGGCAAUCACUCUCACCUUGCUGCUGCGCAGUGUCGGUGCCGCCUUUUUCGGUCUCGCGGGCGACCGCUUCGGCCGUAAGUGGCCUAUGGUCAUUAACAUGAUUGUGCUUGGAGUGCUGCAGAUUGCAACCAUCUACAGCAGCACCUUCCAGCAGUUCCUGGCCGUGCGGAGUCUGUUUGGCCUCUUCAUGGGUGGCGUGUAUGGAAACGCUAUCGCCAUGGCUUUGGAGCACUGCCCGCUGAUUGCUCGCAGUGUCAGCGCCCGUGGCCUCAUGUCUGGAAUCCUCCAGCAGGGUUACUCUCUCGGCUACGUUUUCGCCGCGUGCGCCAAUCUCGGCGUGGGAGGCGGGACCGAGACCUACAAGACCGUCUUCUGGAUUGCCGCCGGAAUCUCCAUCGGCAUUGGUCUCAUCCGAGUCCUCUUCCCCGAAUCCAAACAAUUCCUCGAGGCAAAAGCAGCCGGCAAGCGCUCUGUUAGCGCCGGUGAAUUCUGGAGAGAAACCAAAGUGAUGGUCGGCCAGGAAUGGAAGAUCUGCGUCUACUGCAUCUUCUUAAUGACCUGGUUCAACUAUUACUCUCACACGUCGCAAGACUCCUACACAACGUUCAUGUUGACGCAGAAAGAACUCGAGAACUCAGGUGCCUCGCGUGCCUCGAUUCUUAUGAAGACAGGCGCCUGUGUCGGCGGCACAAUCAUCGGCUACCUCUCCCAGUUUGUUGGGCGCCGCCGCGCAAUCAUUAUCUCGGCUUUCGUCUCCGGUCUGAUAAUCCCCGCCUGGAUCCUUCCCACGACGGAGCGCUCGCUCAGUGCAACGGGCUUCUUCAUGCAGUUCUUUGUCCAAGGUGCUUGGGGUGUUAUUCCGAUUCAUCUGAAUGAGCUCUCGCCGCCUGCGUUCCGGUCUCUUUUCCCAGGUCUAACUUACCAACUCGGUAACAUGAUCUCCUCACCGUCCGCACAGAUCAUCAACGCCAUCGCCGAGAAGACAUUCAUCAAGGGUCCGUCCGGGAACCCCGUAGAGGCGUACGGGCCUACCAUGGGCGUCGCCACGGCUAUUAUUGCAACGGGCAUCAUGGUCACAACAGCGUUUGGACCGGAGAAGCGUGGUCGUCGCUUUGAGACUGUUGUUGUGGGUAUGCAGGAGCAGAAUCGGACGGAUAAGCAGCUGGAUCUUGAGGCCGAUUCUAAGCCUGGGGAGGAGACCGUUGAGCGGGUAGACAAGGUUUAA